UGCAUCAGGAGCAAUGGCUGCACGCGUCCUAUUCCUGUUGCUAUCUGUUCUGCUGGUAGUUACGGCGAAGCCGAGUACCAGCAAAUGGGAAAAGAGGACCGCACCUAAAGAGGGAAAUGUUCGCAUCACUGAUGGCCACCCUGCAGGAGUGGGCCAGUUCCCGUACCAGGCCCUCAUCAUUGCUGACGGGGGAGAUAUAUGGGGCGGGUCGUUGAUCACCACAAGGGCAGUCCUCACCGCCUCCUAUUGCACAACCCAGUACCAGACGUGGACCGUCCGCCUGGGAGGCAUCCACAGAAGUCAGGACGAAUCCACCGCCUGGAUCGUGCAAUCCAGUUGGGCCCAGGCGCGCCCACAGUCCACCGAGUUGGUAGCUGCCUAUGCCAGUUAUGACGUGGGUGUUGUAUUCCUGCCCAGCGACGCUCCUUUGAACCGCUACAUCCAGCUCGUGACUUUGCCUUCUUCUCUCGAGGUCGAUAACACUUACGAGGGAGAAACUGGUGUGAUCGCAGGCUGGGGUACCACUGAAGCGGGAGAUACAGAGGUUCUUCUAUGGAGUCAGGUGACGGUUGUUCCCAACUCAGUAUGCUCGGAGUUCUACGAAGCAGGUGCCAUUACUGACAAUAUUAUGUGCGCUGGGAACACGUACACUGGCGUAUGCUGGUCGGACCUCGGUACUCCCCUGGUUCUGGAGACUGAAGGAGGUUUCAAGCAGAUCGGAGUGGCCGGCUUCCUUCCGACCGACGGGUGCGUAACAGGGGUGCCUGCUGGCUUCGUCAGGGUCACCUCCGUUCUCGACUGGAUCGCCACCAUCACCGCAACCAAAUUUCAGUGA